UACAUUUUGUUACAAGCAUACCGAAGCGAAAAGUUUAAAUAAAAAUACAUGUAAUUAACGGAAUAAUUUCAAUUAAUUACACUCGUCGUAGUAGCAUCGAAAUUUUGUAUUUCACCUAAAUUUGGGAGAUGUUUUGCUUUUAACGGCCGUACCGUAUCCUUUCAAACCAUUCAAGUCACAAGCAUUAAUAAACACGUGUGCACAAUUAUCGCAUAAUUAUCCUACUUUUGUGAAUUAAAAAUAACAAAAUUACAAGCCGGAUAAUCACAGGGAAUAAAUAUUAAGAAAUUUAUUAAGAAAUUUAUACCCUCGUCGAUGAUUCUUUGCUCAUUUAGCAGAUUUCGACACGGCUGUGUUUGAAGGUUAUGUUUUUAAAAUUUUUAUAAUCGCGUAGUGUUAAUCUUUUAAGUAGAAGCUUCACGAGUCUCAUAAUUUUUUUUAUUCCGUCACCACUCUUCUCGUGAUGUCAGAUACAACGUUCUUUGCUAAGCCAAAAGUUAGAUUUUGUCAAACCGAUGCCAGUAAAUUAAAAACAGAGAGAUUAAAAUCCUCGACGGAUCAAAAGGACACUGUCCAGUCGAAUAAACCAAAAAUCAGAAGUAUCGUAACGCUAAAGAAGCCUGUUAUAUUAAUGAAAUCAAAGAAACCAUCUAGCGAUCAAGAAAACAAUUUUAAAUCUACCGAUAAUGCACGAAAGACUGAAUUAUCAAUGUUAGAUAAUAACGCAUGUUCUCCCCGUAUGGAUCAAAGUACGUCUUGUUCGACCGACACUCCUGUUAAGACAGAAACUAUGAAACCUUUAAGCGAUGCUAAUAAUAUUCAAAUUGUAAAAGUAAAUUCCAAGGACCCUGAUAAAACCAAGGUUUCUAAUAAAAUUUCAAGUAUUAUAAUCUCUCCUGCAUCUCCCGUCGCGCAAGAUGAAAAUUCAAAUAAAUUAAAAACUCACGUCAAAACUCAUAUCACAAAGAAAGAUUGCGUAAACAGUAAAAGGGGAAAAGAAAACGAUGCAUUAGUAGCUAAAAAAGAUAUCAAGAAUAAAGUUCCAAGUAUUAUAAUCUCUUCUGCAUCUUCCGUCGCGCAAGAUGAAAAUUCAGAUAAAUUAAAAACUCACGUCAAAGCUCAUAUUACAAAAAAAGAUUGCAUAAACAGUAAAAGGGGAAAAGAAAACGAUGCAUUAGCCGCUAAAAAAGAUAUCAAGAAUAAAAUUCCAAGUAUUAUAAUCUCUUCUGCACCUCCCGUUGCGCAAGAUGAGAAUUCAAAUAAAUUAAAAACUCACGUCAAAGCUCAUAUCACAAAAAAAGAUUGCGUAAAGAGUAAAGGAAAAGAAAACGAUGCAUUGGUCGCUAAAAAAGAUACCAAGAAUACAUUUUGUAAAACUAAGUCCUGUCCUGCUGUUCCUAAUAAAAAAAAUUCAACAAAUUCGAAACUAAAUACAAAAUCUACUGCGACUAAUGUUAUGCCUUGCCAUAAGUACAAUAAAGUUUCAUCGAGAAUUAAGAUUUGCGCAGUUAAAAAGACUGUUGUACGUGACAUAAAUGGUCCUAAAAUCAAACCCGAUAUUGGUCCAGGCAUACAACACAAAAAACAAAUCGACAUUAAGACUGCGGAAACAAAUGAAAAUGCUCAAACGAAACCGUGCACUUCUGGUGAGAAACUAGCACGGCCAGAGUACAAUUCGAUUAUGUGUACGAUCAAUAAAUUAAAGGAAAUGAAGAAGCAAAAGUUUGUGACCGAUAUCGAACAUCUACCAGCUACCUAUAAAAACCUUAUAAAUGGAAAGAUUUCUAGUGCCUUGGACUUCCCCCUCGAAGAAGUUGUUUAUAAAAAUUUGGUGGACUUGUCCGUAGACGACAAGCAAUUGCCAAGCAGAUUGACUCGUAGCAAAGAUCCAGAGCCAAGGCAAAGAGACACCGUACCGAUACUUUCUGACUUCUUUACACCUGAGUCUACCGAAGAGUAUUGCACGCCUAUUUCUACCAAGCCGAGAACACCAGAAACUAUAGAUAAUUGGAGCGCAUUCAGAGUAAGCGACAAGAUAUUCGAAUGGAAAGACAUUUUGGACCACGUGUAAUACAGUUGUCCACGCUUUCGCACAC